UCAACUUCCACUUAUUUUAUGGUUUAUGGCAGUAUAUCCACAGCAGAUGCCAGUAGUGAACAUCCAGCCUGGGAUGUUUCAGUCACCUACAGACCAAAAGACUACGUGGAGCAGUGGUAUCUGUGACUGUUGUGAAGACAUUCAAAUCUGUUGCUUUGGAUUCUGGUGCCCCUGCUGUCUGCUGUGUCAGAUCAGUUCGGACUUUGGGGAAUGUUUCUGCCUCGGCCUGCUGGAUAUGUUUUCUGGCUGCAUCCCAUCCACCUCUUUGGCCCUCAGGAGCACCAUGAGGGAGAGAUUCCGCAUCCAGGGGAGUAUGUGCAGCGACUGUGCCGUGGUCACCUUCUGCACCCUGUGUUCCUGGUGCCAGAUGGCCCGCGAAAUGAAGGUUCGCCGGCGCCCGCGCGUAUUCGCCAACGCCCCGUCCUCCAUUUAGAUUGACAUGCAUGCCGCUCAGCCCAUGGCUUAUACCACCACUCCACCCACAGGCCUCUACCCUCCGGCGCCAUAGCUUAGCUAACCUGCGUGAGGGGGAGAUGAAUUAGAGGCUGUGGAUGUAGAAUACCAACCGAGACAGGGCAAUCAGCUGUAUGACAGUGGGCAUUACAGACAGCCUAUGUAAUCAUAUAAAUCAUAAUAAUCAUGAAAAAUCUUGAUAAAGUUACUACUUUGUAGAGAAAUCGUAUUAACAGAAACUUAUCAUAAUGACAUUAUGGUGAACAAUUAAUGAAAAUAAAAAUCUGUGAAAUUACACAUUAUUACUCAAUAAUCUAAUUAUUUGAA